GUUAACUACACCAACACGGACCAUGAGAGGACUUUACUCGUGUUUCUGGAUCCACAUCUUUCAGAGAUUUUAUUUUUUAUUUUUUAGAAUAAUUUCUUCCGUGUCAUCCCUCAGGCCGCUUCUUUAUUAGCAUUUAUUUACACGCCGUGCACGACAAUGAACUUUAUUUAGGACACAUCGCUCCUGCAGGUAUCCCAAGGUCCUGUCCCACCUUCGUCCUUCACUGGGCGGCUUUUUCUUGUGAUACAGUUCAGUGACAGAGCAGAUUACGAUUCAUCAGGCUUGUUUUUCCUCAAGGACACAGGGUGGACGAUGGGGGCCGGAGGGGUUUCCCCCCAAGCCCUGCUGUGGCUCAUCCUCUUUGGCUUGAUCUCUCUGGUGUUUCCCCUCAACCCGGAUGACCCCAACGUGUGCAGCCACUGGGAGAGCUAUGCAGUGACUGUGCAGGAGUCUUACGCUCAUCCAUUUGACCAGGUCUAUUACACCCGCUGCACCGACAUCCUCAACUGGUUCAAAUGCACCAGACACAGGAUCAGCUAUAAGACAGCCUACAGGAGAGGUGUGAGGACCAUGUACAGGCGACGCUCUCAGUGCUGCCCAGGCUUCUAUGAAAGUGGAGACCUGUGUGUUCCGUUGUGUACGGAAGAGUGUGCCCACGGACGCUGUGUCUCUCCUGAUACCUGCCAGUGUGAGCCAGGCUGGGGAGGACUGGACUGCUCCAGUGGCUGCGAGAGCGAUUUCUGGGGUCCCCACUGCACUAACCGCUGCCAGUGCCGGAACGGGGCCAAAUGUAACCCGAUCACCGGAGCCUGUGUCUGUACUGACGGCUACCAGGGCUGGCGCUGUGAGGAGCCCUGUGACCCCAACUUCUAUGGCAAGGACUGCCUGUUGGAGUGCCAGUGCCUCAACGGCGCCACCUGUCAUCAUCAGACUGGAGAGUGCCUUUGUGCACCCGGAUACACCGGGGCCUUCUGUGAGGAGCCGUGUCCUCCAGGUAAACAUGGCUCCCUGUGUGAACAGCACUGUCCCUGUCAGAAUGGAGGAACGUGCCAUCAUGUCACCGGAGAGUGCUCCUGUCCCGCCGGCUGGGUGGGGCCAGUAUGUGCACAGCCGUGUCCGUUUGGAUCAUUCGGCAUUAACUGCUCACAGGAGUGCACGUGUCGUAACGGAGGGUUGUGUGACCACAUCAGCGGUCAGUGCCAGUGCACAGCUGGCUACAUUGGAGAGAGGUGCCAGGAUGAAUGCCCAGUCGGCACUUACGGGCCGCAGUGUGCCCACAAGUGUGACUGCCAGAACGGGGCCAAGUGCUACCACAUCAAUGGGGCCUGCCUAUGCAAUGAGGGCUUUAAGGGCCCCAGCUGCCAAGACCGCUUCUGUCCCAGUGGCCUGUAUGGACUCAUCUGUGAUAAAUACUGUCCCUGCAAAGCUGCAAACACACUCAGCUGUCACCCUCUGUCGGGAGAGUGCACCUGUGCAGCAGGAUGGGCGGGGCUUUACUGCAACGAGACAUGUCCGUCAGGUUACUACGGUGAGGGCUGCAGAGAGCUGUGCACCUGUGCUAACGGAGCCGACUGUGACGGCACCACCGGAGCGUGUGUGUGUGCACCGGGAUAUAUAGGUGACGACUGCUCUAUCAGCUGUCCUGUUGGCCUGUAUGGGACCAACUGCACAUCGUCGUGCUCCUGCCACAACGAGAUCUCCUGCUCACACGUCGACGGCUCCUGCAUCUGCAGAGAAGGUUGGCAGGGUGUGGACUGCUCCAUCCCGUGCUCCAGUGGCACUUGGGGACUGAGCUGCAAUCAGACAUGUCAGUGUGCCAACGGAGCGGCCUGCGACCCCGUCAAUGGAACCUGCACCUGCUCCCCGGGCUGGAGGGAUGAAUACUGCGAUGUACCGUGUCCUGAGGGAUCAUAUGGGCUGGACUGCCGAGAGAAAUGUGACUGCGUCAACUGCGAUGGCUGUGAUCCAGUGACUGGCUUCUGUCACUGUCUUGCAGGUUGGACAGGUGUCCAUUGUGACAGCGUGUGUGAGGAGGGACGCUGGGGACCCAACUGCUCCUACAGCUGCACCUGUGAGAACGGAGGCUCCUGCUCCCCAGAGGACGGCACCUGUGUGUGUGCUCCCGGCUACCGCGGCACCAACUGUAGACGAACCUGCUCGCCUGGUUUCUAUGGCCAUCGUUGCAGCCAAUCGUGUCCUCAGUGUAUCCACAGUGACGGGGCGUGCCACCAUGUCAGCGGCCACUGUGAAUGUCUCUCUGGCUUCUUCGGCUCCCUCUGCAACCAAGUGUGUCCCAGUGGAAAAUACGGUAAGGCCUGCGCUGAGACGUGUCUGUGCACAAACAAUGGCACUUGUAAUCCCAUCGACGGCUCCUGUCAGUGCUACCCCGGCUGGAUCGGCGAGGACUGCUCCAAACCAUGUCCUCAGGGCUCAUGGGGCCCAGAUUGCAUCCACACAUGUAAUUGUCACAAUGGGGCCCAGUGCAGCGCCACAGACGGAGAGUGUAACUGCAGCCCUGGAUGGACAGGACUCUACUGUACUCAACGCUGUCCCACAGGCUUCUACGGCUCCCAGUGUGCUGAGGUGUGUCGCUGUCAGAACGGGGCGGACUGUGACCAUAUCACCGGACAGUGUUCAUGCAGGACAGGCUUCAUAGGACAGAGCUGCGAACUCAAGUGUCCUGCAGGAACGUUUGGCUACGGCUGCCAGCAGCUGUGUGAGUGUAUGAACAACGCCACCUGUGACUACGUGACAGGAACCUGCUACUGCAGCAUCGGCUUCAAAGGCAUCCGCUGUGACCAGGCGGCUCUGAUGAUGGAGGAAUUGAACCCUUACACCAAGAUCAGCCCGGCGCUGGCGUCGGAGCGGCAAUCUGCUGGUGCCGUGCUGGGGAUCAUCUUCCUGCUGCUGCUCAUCAUGGCCAUGCUCGGCCUUGUGGUCUGGUUCCGCUAUCGGCAGAGAGAGAAGGGCCACCACGUGCCGAACGUCACCUACACACCCGCCCUGCACAUCAACUCCACCGACUACUCCCUCUCAGACUAUAUGAAGGGCUCCUUGUCCAGCACCUGCUCCCUCAACAGUGAAAACCCGUACGCCACCAUCAACGACCCCCCGGGUCUGUGUAAACACUCGGAGAGCAGCUACGUGGAGAUGAAAUCGCCGGCUCACCAUGAACACAUGACACACUGCUGCUCUGCCGCCAUCAUCAGCACCACCACUACCACCACGGCACCCGCCAAGAACGUCUACGACAUGGAGCCAACCAUCAGUAUCGUCCAGGGAGCUGGGGGUGUGGUGGUUCCCAGUUACCCUCAGAACCCAUACGACCUGCCCAGGAACAGCCACAUCCCCAGCCACUACGACCUUCUGCCUGUCCGCCCUAGCCCCUCUCACAGCCACAGCCUCACCCUGCACAGCCACAGCCCCCCGCUGCCCGGCAGCCCCACCAGCUCUUUACUGUAGACCCCCCACCACCACCAUAGUACCCAGACUGGACCAGUGCUCCCAGAUCACCCAGAACCAGGAAACUGUGAACUGGGGAAUAACAGGAAAAGAUCUGUGAUUGGUGCGUGCAGAUGAACAUUAGGAAGACAUGUUUUGUUGGGACUAACAAUUAUUUAUUUAUUUAUUUAUGUGUGUGUGUGUGUGUGUGUGUGUGUGUGUGUGUGUGUGAGAGAGCGAGAGAGAAGGGUGGGUCUCUCCCCCCCUGCAGUGCCCAGACUGUCGCACUGCUGUUUGAUAUUUUAUCACUGUAUUAUAUCCAAACUGUUUGAGCUGUCGUGCCAGUCAAAGCUUCAUAUUUGUGUUGUAUUGUAAAUUCCCCCUCAUCAACAAAUGCGUCAUCAGAGGGAAUAUACUACGUACAUACACAGGUCUACCUUUUUUCCAGGUAUGCUGAUCUGUCGUUUUGACACGUCCUCUGUCAGACGACGGAAAUGAAAAACAGUCACUUGUGUAAAUUCAUCUGGUUGGGACUAUUUCUUAAAACUGGAGUUGAACUGAACAGUAAAUGUGUCUGCGUGCCAAACACUAGACUGAGGCUGGGGUUACACAAGCGGCAACAUCUGAUGUCGAAAAAUGAAGCCAACACAGAAGUGCUAACAACUGCAAUUCCUUGAAUGUCCACUUGAGGCUGGCUCAAUCCCCAUACUGUCAAACUUUGCAGCAGAAAUAAACGUGUCUACAGCAUGGUAGAGAAACCAGUUUUGGUCUUUAUAGCUAACUUCCUCCUUCAUGACAACUGUACGGGAGGUGACGUUUUAUACAACUCACACAUUUAAAUUUUAUUAAGACUUAAAGCAGCCACGCCCUCAAUUAUGCAGAACUUUGAGUGACAGGUGGGUGAGCGUAUGCUUGCCACAAACCAACAAGCACCGAAGUCUCAGCUCCACACACGCCCCUCCACUUUGCCCAUUUUUGGAUUAGCCGAGAGUUAGGUUGAGUCAGGCCCUGCCAAGAUGGCGACGGCGGGGCAGCCCACUCCCACACCUGCUCAGGGUGACGUCACAGAGGCUACAUCCAUCUUUAUUUACAUUCUGUGGUGUUACACCUGGAUUGACUGGACCUGCCAAGCAUUUACAGUGAAGGAGCGUCGUACAGGUAUCAUGGCUCACAGUGCUGACAAAGGGUGUUCAUUACUCCAAUAUUCUGGACUGAGAGAAGGAUAUAAAGAAAUGCACACUAACUGCAGUCUGGUCAGAUUUACACAACCUGUAUAUUUCUGGUAUUUUUACACAUCGUUUCUUAUUUCCUGUUUACAUAUUCAAAGAUCCUGCCGAGGAUCCAUAUUUUCUCUCUGAAAAGUUAUCUUUUUGUAUGUACUGUAGACAAAGUGGUGUAUUGGUUGUACACUUACUGUACACUAGUGAUUAUUAUUGUGAUUUUCCUUUGUUGUGUCGAGCUUAAUACACAUGCAUGCCAAAGAUUAUUCAAUAUAUUAUAGUUAGCCAGGAAUACCCUUCUAAUGUCUUUUAGUGGCGAUUGAUUAUUGUCAUCUAACUGUGUCAACAUGGAAAUGUGUUGAUGUAACUGUUGCAGCAAGGUCAAGAGUGGAAGCACUUCCUAUUAAAAGUCAAAGAUUUCAACUUCCUCCACAAAUCUACAGAUCCACUGGAUUUUUAUUCCCAAACAACGAAGAUGUAUUUAAUCUUGUCGCAACGAUUUCGUCCAUAAAUUAUGAUACACAGUUAUAAUGUAUGAAAUAUGCUUCAUUUUCCUCACAGGAGGUGCGUUUUGUAUUGACCAUUAUUUUCCUGGCAAACAGCAAUAACAGGACAUGUUGACAAUCAGAUGGGUGCAGCACUGUUUUCCCACGUUUGACUCCAGACUUUUGUUCCAUUUGCUCUGACUCUAUCUUUCCCGUGUGUCUUUUCUUCAUCUUUGGUCCAAACAGUAGUUUCAGUAGCUGUAUCAUGUGCUGCUUCUUGUAUUGUUUUUUUUGUUGUUUUUUUGUUUCCAGCCCUAAACUCAAUAAAGUUGUCAUAGCUCAGGGGA